AUGGAGCACUACCGGAAGGCUGGCUCUGUGGAACUCCCAGCACCUUCCCCGAUGCCCCAGCUACCGCCUGAUACCCUGGAGAUGCGGGUCCGAGAUGGCAGCAAAAUCCGCAACCUGCUGGGCCUGGCGCUGGGGCGGUUGGAGGGCGGCAGUGCUCGGCAUGUGGUGUUCUCAGGUUCUGGCCGGGCUGCAGGCAAGGUUGUCAGCUGUGCUGAGAUUGUCAAACGGCGGGUACCAGGCCUGCACCAGCUUACCAAGCUGCGCUUCCUGCAGACCGAGGACAGCUGGGUGCCAACAUCACCCGACGCAGGCCUAGAUCCCCUCACGGUACGCCGCCAUGUGCCUGCGGUAUGGGUACUGCUCAGCCGAGAUCCACUGGACCCCAAUGAGUGUGGCUACCAGCCCCCAGGGGCACCCCCUGGCUUGGGCCCCACACCUACCUCCAGCUCUGGCCCCCGACCCCGAAGAAGGGCUCGAGACACCCGGUUUUGA